AUGUUCAACUCCAUUACUCCUCCUACCAUCAGUAGCUAUGGAGAAUCUUGUUGUCUACCAUCCCUCCCUAGUCAGGGUGCCCAGGGCAUGGGCACUGAAGGAUUGACUGGCCUGUCCUUCUGCCAUCAAACCAACUUCAUGUCCAGUUCCCACAGCUAUGGGCCAACUAGAGAGACCAUCAGCAGUACCGAGGCCCCGAUCUUUCCCCCAAACUGGAAUGCAGUCAAGCUGACCAAGAAGAGGGCACUGUCCAUCUCACCACUGUCAGACGCCAGCCUGGACCUGCAGACCGUCAUUCGAACUUCACCCAGCUCCCUUGUUGCCUUCAUCAACUCAAGCUGUGCCCCCCCAGGGGGGUCCUAUGGGCACCUCUCCAUCGGCACCAUCAGCCCAUCUCUGGGAUUCCCACCCCCGAUGAAUCACCAAAAAAGGGCAACUCCAUCCUUCAUGGCCCCACCCUGUGGCCCUCAUGACCCCACCCAGGGCAGGCUGAGGCCACCUCUCCAAUCCCGGGGGCCCCUCCAAAACUACCAGCUGAAAUCUGAGCUGAGCAUGCUGGUCAGCAAACAUACUGAGGAGCCACUUGAUGGCAACAUGUCCAGUCCCAACUCUGCAGGCACACAGGAUGCUCUCCUGGGACUAUUGGAUGGGAGGGAAGAACUGGAGAAAGAAGAAAAGCCGGAGCCUGAAUGUGUGUAUGAGACCAGUUGUCGUUGGGAUGGCUGCAACCUUGAAUUUGAAUCGCAGGAGCAGCUGGUGCACCACAUCAACAGUGAACACAUCCAUGGUGAGAGAAAGGAGUUUGUUUGCCACUGGGGAGGAUGUUCUCGAGAGCAGAGGCCAUUUAAGGCGCAAUAUAUGCUGGUGGUUCACAUGCGAAGACAUACAGGGGAAAAGCCCCAUAAAUGCACGUUUGAGGGGUGCAGGAAGUCCUAUUCAAGGCUCGAGAACUUGAAGACCCACCUUCGUUCACAUACGGGAGAGAAGCCAUAUAUGUGUGAGCAUGAAGGCUGCAGUAAGGCCUUCAGCAAUGCCAGUGAUCGGGCUAAACACCAGAACCGGACCCAUUCUAGUGAGAAACCGUACGUGUGUAAACUACCUGGCUGCACCAAGCGCUACACAGACCCCAGCUCCCUCCGAAAACAUGUCAAGACGGUGCAUGGCCCAGAUGCACAUGUGACUAAGAGGCAUCGGGGAGAUGGUCCCCCAUCCCGGGUGCUGGCCCUUCCAACCUUGGAUCUCAAAAGGGAGAGGGAAGGGGGCCCCAGCCGGGAUGAGGGCAAGUUAACAGUGUCUGAUGCUGCCCUGAAGCCACAGCCGAGUCCAGGAGCACAGUCUUCUUGCAGCAGCGAUCACUCCCCAUUAGGCAGUGUGACCAACACAGAUAGUGGCGUGGAUAUGGCUGGCACUCUGGGGGGCAGCACCGAAGACCUCUAUAGCCUGGAUGAAGGCCCAGGGGCCAGCGGGGCUGGCGGGGCUGGGGGGUUGGAACCUGGACCUCCCAGUCUAUCGACCCUUAGGCGGCUGGAGAAUCUAAGGUUGGAUCAACUUCGGUCAGCAUCUCGUGGAAUUAAGCUGCCCAGCCUGACAGGCACUGGCCCUGCCAUGGCUGGUCGCCCAGGGCCCCCUGGCUCUACCACCUACCGAGGCAGCAGCUCCAGCAGCACCGGCGCUGCCUAUACCAUCAGCCGUCGCUCCUCUCCUUUUCCUCCUGUAUCCCCCCCAGAGCAUUCUGGGUCCCUUCAAGGCCUUCCUCCUGCCCAGCACUACCUGCUCCAUGCUCGAUAUGGCACACCCAGAGGGGCCAGUGCCACUCUCUCCUCCACUCCCAGUUUGGAGAGGGUUGGGGGCCCCCCUGGUCCCUCCUGGAGGAUUGGUGCUGAAUAUCCUGGUUACGGCCCUGGUGCAGGGAUCACCAGGAGGGCCAGUGACCCUGCCAGGUCUGCGGGGCCACCUCCCCCCGCCAGAGUCCAGAGGUUCAAGAGCCUGGGCUGUGUUCACACCCCAGCCUCUGGGACUGGAGCGGGACGGAACUUUGAACCGCACUCAUCCUCCUCUGUCUACUCCCCUAGACCCCCUAGCAUCACUGAGAAUGUUGUCAUGGAAACUCUAGGGAUGAGUGAGGAACCAGAAAAUGGGGAUCCUCUGAUGAAUAGUGGCUUGGACCCCUAUGGGGACUUCUCCUCAGCUGACUCCCUGGGUUAUGGGGCCCUUGAGGGGAUGACAUCUGAGUCUUACGGACCCAGGGGUCUAGGCCCCCCUGAUGAUUAUGGCUCCAGUGCUUGCCCUCAAUCUGGGCCCUACUCCAACCCUACCCCGGGAACUUGGGGUGAGUUUGCUUCCCCUACAAGGGUUUACUCAGCCCCCAAGGCCACAGCAGGUAGUGGAGGGGAAUAUAAUCAGUGCUCUCAGCUUGGACCUUUUGGACAAGUUCAUGUCAAGCCGGAGCAGGAGUGCCUGAUGGACACUGUGCCCCUAGGGUUGCCACCUUGCCUCAGUGUUCACCCUGUUGGCAGUCCCUCCCUGCCCCAUUCCUCAUUCUCCCAACCUCCACUCUCAAAUUAUAUGCAAUCAUCCUCCUAUGCCCAGGCACCCCCUAAUAAUUCUUCGGAGUCCCAGACCAGCCCUGAUUUCAUGAGCUCUUCCAGUUCCACAGGGCAGCUCAAGGCUCAGCUUGUCUGUAGCUAUGUGCAAUCACAACAGGCCCUUCUAUGGGAGGGUGGAAGGAGAGAAGAUGCCUCAGACCAGGACCUUCAUUAUUGGAGCCCCAGAUAUCUGGGGAGGCCCCAAGUUAGCUCAGGUCAUGCCAAGCACUCAGUGAACACAUACACCUCUGGCUUGACUCCUGCCUUGCUCUCUCCCAAAUCAGGAGCAUAUCCUGCCCUCCCACCGUGCCAAGGGAAUUUUGGGGUGUCAGGGGAGAGGAGUCCCCAGAGGGUGGUACCUCCUCGACUUCUGCCUCCUCUGCCCACGUGCUAUGGGCCCCUGAAGGCAGGGAGCAGCAACCCUAGCUGUGGUCACCCAGAGGUAGGGGGCUUAGGUGGGGGUCCCACCUUAUGCCCUCCCCCAGAGGGACAGCUGUGCAACCCUCUGGAUUCCCUUGACCUGGAUAACACACAAUUGGAUUUCGUGGCCAUUCUGGAUGAGACUGAGAGUCUGAAUCAUUUAUCUCCCCGUCCUGAGGAGAGUAUCCCCCACACCUCACCUUCUGCACUCCCCAACAUGACCGUAGGUAACAUGAGUGUUUUAUUGGGGUCCUUGCCCGGAGAGACUCAGUUCCUCAAUUCUACUGCCUAAGAGGCCUCGAUUUGUAAAAGGGAACCUGGAGGCUCCAUCCUCAUCCUUUUCCUUUAGAAGCUCUCAGCUCAGGGCACUGGGCUGGAAGACUGUACAAAGUCUGUAUAUAUUUUAGGGGGAUUCUCCUGGAAUUUAAUAAUGAUAUGAUGA